GAACCCAGCAAGGGGCGAGCGGGGGGAUGCAGGGGCUGUCGGGCAGAAGGCUGCUGCAGGAGGGGCCUCUCGGGUCCCAGGUGACAGGCGUUGGGGUGGUUAAAGGUGGAGGAAGAGAGGUAAAUAGGAGUAAAAUUGCAUAAGGAAGUGAAAGCCAUGUAAAAAAAAGAACUAUUUUAAGUGCGUAGAGACCCGGAGGUGAGCGAGGAGCUGGGGGCGGCUCUGAGGGGGCGGCCGGGGCGGGCAGGAGCCGCAGGGAUGUGGCAGGGCAGAGCCCGGCUCUUCCCAGCAGUGUGGAGAGAGACGGGAGGAGAAGAGAGAUUGCACGGAGACAAAAAAACCUCCCAGGAGUGGGAGGAGAGAUGCUGAAAGAGAACCGAAUUUCACAACCCCCGGAGGAGCAGGGUCGGGAGGUGCCACUGCCGGCCCCGGUGCGUCCUUCCCGGAGCGUGGGAGAAGGGAUGGUGGCCGGGGGGACGCGGAGAGGAGAGCACGGCACGCGCGGCCAGCCAAGGGGAUGCCGAGAGCGUCUGUGUGACUCCACGGGCGGGCAAGUGGCUCCAUUGGCGAACGAGCCGGGGAGCAGCUGAACCUGAGCUAAAGGCUGUGGUUCGGGGCCGGAGGAGGUUUCGGUUCCCAGCCACGGGACGCGCACGGGGACAGCUGAGCUCGGUGAGCGAGAACCUGCCGGCCAUGACAGUGUAGGCAGGCGGCGAGAGAUGGAUCGCUUCACCGAGUGCGGGACCCAGACGGACGCGGUGGUGGUGCUGUCCCUGGCGCAGGCGGCCGUUCUGGGCUUGGUGUCUGAGAAUGAGCUGCUGGGGGCCACCAUCAGCCCCGCCGGCUUCUUCCCGGGGCUGGGAGGGGAGAUGCCGGACACCGCCGCCGGGGAGCCCGGGGAGCCGGAGGGUGAGUGCCGGCUGGAGGGCGAGGGGCAGGCGCCGGGGGACGGGCAGGAGGAGGACGCCUUGGAGGCAGAGUCCUCCCUGGAGAAGCACGCCCGGAGGAGGAAGCGGCCUCCGGUGAGGCUGGUGCCCAAGGUCAAGUGCGAGAAGGCGGAGGCGGAGGACGAGGUGCUGUACGAAACGCCCGUCCCCGGGGACGAGGAGGGUGAGCAGCGGCGCGGCCACCCACCCCCGCUGCAGGAGCCCGGCCAGGAGCAGACGGUGCAGAGCAGCGCCAUGAAGAUGAUCGACCUCGGCACCUUCAGCAGGAAGCCCCGGCGCCUGCGGCACCUGCGCCGGCACACGCGCCAGCAGCUGCAGGGCACCGAGCGCCGCCUCGGGGGCACCGACCCGGCCGGCCCCGCGGAGGGUGGCACCGCGGGGGCCCUGCGGACCGAGUGCGCCUUCGAGGCGGGCGCCCCGUCCCCCGGCGAGGCGGAGGGCCCCGCGCCGGCGUCCCCGGAGCAGGUGAAGAGCGAGCAGGGCUUCGCCUGGCAGGAGGCGGGGGAGCUGGAGGCGGAGGCGGUGGGGGCCACCAGCGAGCGCAACAAGAAGGCGCAGCUGGACCGGCUGGACAUCAACGUGCAGAUCGAUGACUCCUACCUGGUGGAGGCGGGGGACCGCCAGAAGCGCUGGCAGUGCCGCAUGUGCGAGAAGUCCUACACGUCCAAAUACAACCUGGUGACCCACAUCCUGGGCCACAACGGCAUCAAGCCCCACUCCUGCCCGCACUGCAACAAGCUCUUCAAGCAGCCCAGCCACCUGCAGACCCACCUGCUGACCCACCAGGGCACGCGGCCCCACAAGUGCGAGGUGUGCAGCAAAGCCUUCACCCAGACCAGCCACUUGAAGCGGCACAUGCUGCUGCACACCGACAUCAAGCCCUACAGCUGCCGCUUCUGCGGCCGGGGCUUCGCCUACCCCAGCGAGCUGAAGGCGCACGAGGUGAAGCACGAGAGCGGCCGCUGCCACGUCUGCGUGGAGUGCGGGCUGGACUUCUCCACGCUCACCCAGCUGAAGCGGCACCUCUCCACGCACCAGGGCCCCACGCUGUACCAGUGCCUGGAGUGCAGCAAGUCCUUCCACUACCGCAGCCAGCUGCAGAACCACAUGCUGAAGCACCAGAACGUCCGGCCCUUCGUCUGCACCGAGUGUGGGAUGGAGUUCAGCCAGAUCCACCACCUCAAGCAGCACUCCCUCACGCACAAGGGUGUGAAGGAGUUCAAGUGCGAGGUGUGCGGGCGGGAGUUCACGCUGCAGGCCAACAUGAAGCGGCACAUGCUGAUCCACACCAGCGUCCGUCCCUACCAGUGCCACAUCUGCUUCAAGACGUUUGUGCAGAAGCAGACGCUCAAGACCCACAUGAUUGUGCACUCACCGGUGAAGCCGUUCAAAUGCAAGGUCUGCGGGAAAUCCUUCAACCGCAUGUACAACCUGCUGGGCCACAUGCACCUGCACGCGGGCAGCAAGCCCUUCAAGUGCCCCUACUGCUCCAGCAAGUUCAACCUGAAGGGCAACCUGAGCCGGCACAUGAAGGUCAAGCACGGGGUGAUGGACAUCAGCCUGGACAGCCAAGAUCCCAUGAUGGACCUGGCCGGGGCUGAUCACGCCGAGCUGGACGGGCAGCAGGAGAUGGAUGACUUCGAGGAGGAGAACUCUUACGGCUACGGGGGGGUGGGCAACCCUCCGGACGAGCACGCGCUGGCCGAGCAGGCCAUGAAGGAGAUGGCGUACUACAACAUGUUGUAGCCGAGGCUGGAGGAGGCUGCGGGGGGCCUGCACGGACUUGGCGUGGUAAGAGGAGCUGCUGCUGGCGGGCUGCGGCACCCGGCCAGACCUGCCCCACCGCCCCUGCAGAGGGGGGGCUCCAGCUGGGCUCGGUGAAGGAGAAAACAGGGAUGUCCAAAAACCUUUGCCGGGGCGGAGGUAGGAGCGGAGGCUGGAGGUGGCGCAGGGCAGUGGUCGCUGCUGGCCGUGGGCACGCCGAGCUGGCCCAGCGGACUCAGCUCCGAGCUGCUGCCAGACCCUCACAGAGCCUCAGUGGGGCUCUCGCCAUCGCUGGGGGCUGGGCCGCAGCCCUCCUGCCCCACGCCGACUCCCCCUCCGCUCCGCUCCCCCCGGCCCCACGCGUGGGGCCAGCUGGGACCUUGCCUCUGCCACCGCCCUGCCGGCACCCCAGCGCCCGGCUCGCUGGGAGCUGCGGGCAGGGGAGGGCACGUCCCAGAAGAUGAUGAGCAUUACUAAUUAUUCUACCUCCUGGGUCCUCCCCCACGGCUGUGCUGGGGCUGCAGCCCGGCCGGCCCCCCGCUCCCCCCACAAGCGCCCUGUGGGGCAGAAGCCCCUCUGCCCGCGGGAGGGGGUGGGUUUGCAUUUCUUGCUCUUCCCCGUCUCCGGAGCAGGCGAGAGCUGCCCCACUUGCUCUGGCACCGGCUGCGGGCUGGCACGGGCAAAGCCGUGGCAACCUGCGCGAGGCCACGGGGCACAUACAGAACAGAAUAUUUUCUUACAAACUAACGGCAAAGCUCAGAGGAAGCAGCAGCUCCGGGUACAGAGCGGCUGCAGCGAGCCGUGUAUUUAAAGGAAGGCGAGCCCUGUUCAACUUGAGCAAAUGAUGGUAUUUUGAAAGUAAUUUAUUUUUUUCAGAUGUGCCGCGUGGUUGGAUUUAUCUUUUCACUGAGUUCAGUUUCCUUCAACCAAUGUGCUUUGUAAAACCUGUGUAACGUGUGUGGUCUGUGCGCAGGGGGCGGCGGGGGCUGCGAUGGUGCUCGGGGGGGGCUGAGCGUGGGGUCCUGUCCCCCUGCGGGGCUGCUGAGCACCGGCAGGGCCACGCUAACGAACCGCAGCCACGCUCUGCACUGCCGGCACCCCCUCCUCGCCGCUCUGCGCCGCUCCAGGGCGCGGGAAGAGGUUUUGAUGGGGCAGCGCAGCCCUCGGGAUGCAGGUUUGCCUCCUCCGUUCCCGGCUGCGGAGCGGGGAGAGAGGGGCUGGGAGCACCCUCCUGGCUUCGACCUUCCCUGCCGCGGGGCAGCACCCAGAGCAUCGCCUCCCACACCUGCCCUGAGCCGGGCAGGGCCCAGGCGUCUCCUGGGGGGCUGCAGCAGGAGCUGGGGACAAGCCACGGUGCUGGCGCAGGGUUGGGGACCCCCAGGCUGCCCUGCCCUACACACAUGGGCAACGUCCCACCCCCCUCCCUGGGGCAGGACACCGUCUGCCCCAUCCCCAGCAGCCCCGGGCUGGCACUGGGGGGGUGGCACCGCUCAGCC